AUGGUUAAAGAGAGAGCGCCCCCAAAGGGCCCUCUGCGUCCCAUUGAUCUGAACGAAGAUGCCCAGCCCGUCGCACAUCGCCCAGAGAAACACCGCCCCCAGGAGCUGGAUCCUGAUUCUCUAACUGAUCAGUUCGACUCCUUGCAGGUGUCGGACUCCUCUCGAGAAACACAACAUCCGCACCGGGCCAAUACAGCAGCGCGCAGAACAGACCUUUCCGACGUUCUUUCGUCGCUCGCGACGCAGAAGCCUCGCCAGCCAACAACAGCUCUGGAACAGCCCAAAAGCGCCCAGAGGUACAGCGACGACGACGACCUGGCCUCUUUCUUCUCGAAUAUCGGACGUCGCGAUGAUCCCUUCCACUCGUCUUCCUCGAGUCACCCAGGGUCGGGCCAUCACCCCAAAGUCAUGUCGUCCCGGAAACAAAAGGCAGCCGGUGUGUUCAAUGAGCGCAAAUCUCGGCCCGAGCACCACCGAGAUUAUAGAAUCUCCGUCCCUGCAGUACCCGUAUAUCAGGACCGGAAGCCAGAACCUGCCAACCUGUUCAGCUCGAUUGCUCCCGAUGCGCGCCCGGCAACAUAUAGACCCAAAGUCGAGAUGGGAGAGCCCGAAUUCUACACCGACCCGGCAAAGGCAUCCGCCGACUUGAAGGCACUACUCGAAGGCGGCUUGGACGAGGACGAAGAAGAUCACAACGAAGGCACGGGCAAAGACGAAGACGAAAAGAAAAAGGACCCGAUCCAAAAAGACGGUUCUGUAGAAGGCCUGAAGGUCAAACUACUACCUCAUCAGGUCGAGGGUGUGGAGUGGAUGCGAGGUCGCGAGCUCGGACCCGUCAAGAAAGGCAGAGUGCCCAAAGGCGGCAUCCUGGCCGAUGACAUGGGCCUGGGCAAGACCCUUCAGACCAUUGCCCUGAUACUGAGAAACCGCAAGCCCAACAAGGAUGAAGAGGGCUGGAAGGAGCCCUUCAGCCGGAUCGAGAAGACCACCCUCGUCGUCGCUCCUCUCGCCCUGAUUCGGCAGUGGGAGGCUGAGAUCAAGGACAAGGUGGCCAGGUCUCACGGCCUGAAGGUCUGCGUCCAUCACGGGCCCCAGCGCACAAAGCGUUUCAAGGACCUGGCGUUGUACGAUGUCGUCGUGACGACGUAUCAGGUCCUCGUCUCCGAAUACGGCCAAUCUUCCGAUACCGAACACGGUCUCAAGGCUGGGUGUUUCGGCUUGCACUGGUGGCGCGUCGUGCUUGACGAGGCCCACACGAUCAAGAACAGAAACGCCAAGUCCACAAAGGCCUGCUACGCACUUCGGUCCGAGUACAGGUGGUGUCUGUCAGGUACACCCAUGCAGAACAGCCUCGAGGAGCUGCAAUCUCUCAUCAGGUUCCUGCGCAUCAGGCCGUUCGACAACCUGGCGGAGUGGAAGGAGCAGAUCGAGAAGCCCAUCAAGAGCGGCAAGGGCCACAGUGCCAUUCGACAGCUGCAUAGCCUUCUCCGGUGCUUCAUGAAACGGCGGACGAAAGAUAUCCUCAAGGCCGACGGUGCCUUGAACCCGGGCGGAAAGCCGAACGAGGAGGGGAAGGAGACGUCGUCCACGGGCUUCAGGGUCACGGAGCGCAAGGUCGUCACGGUCUCGGCCGCGUUUUCUCCCGCCGAGCGCCGGUUCUACGACAGGCUGGAAGCCCGUGCCGACGAGAGCAUCGAGAGGAUGAUGCAGCGCGGCAUGAACUACGCCAACGCCCUGGUGCUUCUGCUCCGGCUCCGACAGGCGUGCAACCACCCCAAGCUGGUCGAAGGGAAACUCGACAAGGACCGCGACGCCCUUUCGGGCGAGGCGUCCCAGAAGGCUUUGGACGCGGAGAUGGACUCGCUCGCCGAUAUGUUCGGCGGCAUGGGCAUCGUGGCCAAGACUUGCAGCAUAUGCGGCCGGGGCCUUUCCGUUGCCCUGGCCAAGAGCGAUCAGGAUAUUUGCGAGGAGUGUUACGGUGACUUGGCCUACUUCAAUGAGAACGAGACUGUCAAAAGGAAGAAGCCAAAGCAUAAUAAGGCAGGGAAAAUCAAGGAGAAGAAGGUUGUCAAGAAGGUUACGGUGGAAGAAGAGGAGGAGGGAGCCUCGCCCCAUGGAAACAAGCAGCAGCAGCAGCAGCAGCAGCGACGGAUCAGGAACCGGAAUGCGGUUAUAGAUAGCGACGACGAGGGUGACGAGGGGUGCUGGCUCGUGCCCGAGGAUCAGCGUGGUCAGCUUCGCCUGGGUAAGGCUGGAGGGGAGGAAGAUGAGAAUGCCGAGGGAGGGGGCGAGUGGCUCGGGAACGAAGAUUCGUUGCAUCCUUCGGAACAGGGGGGUGAUGACGACGGAAGCCAGUUGGACAGCUUCGUUGUAGCCGAUGAGUCUGUCAAGGAGGAAGAGGAGAAGGCGUACGAAUCAGACGACACAUUUCCGUCUCUUACAGAGCUGCCGGCGCGGAAGUCCGAAGCCCCGAGACGGUCCUUGUCCGAGGGGGAGACGAGCUCUUCGGCCUCGGAAGACGACGACGACGAUGACGAUGACGAAGAUGAAGAUACCGGCAUCGACGAGUCGGAGGUCUACAGCGAUGCUGAUUCCUAUCACCACCGCUACCAACACGGCCAGCCCAGUCAAAUCCUCGCUUCUGCCAAGAUCCGGCAGAUGAUGCAGAUUCUCCGUAAGGAGGCCGACGAGCACAAGUUUAUCAUCUUCUCCCAGUUCACCUCCAUGAUGGACCUUGUCGAGCCGUUCUUGCGCAAGGGAGGCUUCAAGUUUACGAGAUACGAUGGGAAGAUGAAGAACGACGAGCGCGAGGCCAGCCUCCACCGGUUGCGAAACGACAAGAAGACGCGCAUCCUGCUAUGCAGUCUCAAGUGCGGUAGCUUAGGCUUGAACCUCACGGCGGCGACGCGUGUCAUUAUUGUUGAGCCGUUCUGGAACCCUUUCAUCGAAGAACAAGCCAUCGACCGUGUCCAUCGCCUGACCCAGACCAUCGACGUGAUCGUCUACAAACUCACCGUCGAGAAGACGGUCGAGGAGCGCAUCCUCGAGCUGCAGGAGAAGAAACGCCUGCUCGCCCAGACCGCCAUCGAAGGCGGCUCCAAGAAGGACUUCCUCAAGCUCGGCUUCGACGAGAUCAUGGACCUCUUCCGCCGCGGCACGAGGCCCGCGGAGCCUGCCAGCCAGGGGAGGCGGGAACUCGCCGGUACCAGUACCAGUACCGCUGUUCCCGCGCCGUCGUCGUCGUCGUCGUCUCUGGGUCCGGCGAUCAAGAAAAAGGGACCGAGGACCGAGGAUGGGAUUUAUGGGCGGCGCUGGUGA